AUGUCAUCAUCACCACCAUCAUUAAUAAAUAACAAAAAACCAAUACGUGAAUUAAGUUCAAUUACAAACCAUUUAUUAUUAACAAAAACUUUAAAUGCACUUGUAAAUAAUAAUAAUUCACAAGUAUCAACACCAGCUCCACCUCCGUCAACAUCAUCAAUAAAAGAAAACAUUCCAAAUGAUACAAAUUUAAUUCAACAACAAAAAGCACUUAAUCUUCGUUUAGCUGCUGCAUUAAAACCUGUUGAUAGAGAUAAUGUUGCUGCUUUACUUCAAUUUUAUCAAACCUUAACUAAUAAUAAUAAUAAUAAUACUUCACAUAGUAACGUUCAAAAUACUUCAUCAUUUAGUGAUAAUUCAUCUUUAUCAAAUAAUUCUAAUUUGAAUAAUUUAUCUAUUUUAAAAACACAAAAUGCAACAAAAAGAUCCACAUCGAUGACAUUUUUAUGUCGAUUUAAUCAACGAAAUCGUUUAAUUGAAGUACCAACAACAAGUGAAUAUUAUAAUCAACAAAAUGGUAUAUCACAUGAACAUCUCAAACAAUUAAUAAUUCAAGAAUUUCAAAUACCAAAGUCAACGUUGAUUAUUAUUCAAAUUUGGAAUGAACAAUAUCAAGAGUAUAUUGAUAUUGAAUCAUAUAAAAAACUUCCUUUUGAAGGGCGUCUUCAAGUUCUUAUUGAAAAAGAUAUGACAUCGACUGGAAAUUCACCGUCGGUUAUAUCAAAAAGUCCUACAACGCCAGUAUCAUCAAAUACAGUCACAAUAAUGACUCGUUCAAUAACUCCUAUACAAUUACAAACAACACCUAGUGAUAAUCAUCAUGAUGACGAGUUACCAUCAAAAUCUUCUUAUGAUGAACCCGUUAACACUAGUAUGUCCCCAAUGCAUCAAAUUGAUAAUUUAACAGCAGGUCAACAUAAUCUUAUGUAUGAUUUAUUACCAAAGCCAACUGAUGGUAUACCAAUUCCACGUUUUCCACCACAUAUAGCUGCUUUUUUAAAUGGUAAUGGUGAUGCUAAUCAGUUAAAUGCUCUUGUUCAAGCUCUUUAUCAAGAAAUUGUUAAAUAUGAACUUUAUCCAAAUGCUGAUGAAUUACGUUCAAUUGUUAGUCGUCUUGUUGAUCGACAUCCAAAUAGUCUUCCUGUUAUUGGUAGUAUUGAAUUAUUAGUAAGAAAAUUAUAUUAUAAAUUUUGUAAUGAACGUAAAAAAUAUCCUGUGGAAUUAAAACGUCGCCAACCAAAUAAACGUAAAAGACUUACACGUGAUGAUGAUACAGUUUUAAAUAAUAUACAACAAGGAAGAAAUAGUAAUACAAUUCAUGAUCUUGAUCGUCUUAUGCAUUUAUGGACAACAACAAAUGAUUAUAAAGAUAUCAAAAUUGAAAAGACUCAUCAAGAACAAGAACAGGAACAACAACAUUCACCAUCGGGUUCAUCAUCAAGUUCAUCGUCGCCGGUUUCAAACCAUAUGACAACGGAUAAUCGUGAUCAAUGGGAUGCAUCUCAAAAAUUCCAUCCAUUAAAUCUGUCUAUUGGAAACAAUAAUAAUAAUAAUCAUCUUAUGUGUACUGAAUAA